UGCUCCUCUCUCUUCUCAGCACAUCAUCACUGCUCGGUCUGGGAGGAGAGACUGUCUCGCUCUUUUUCUUUUCUCUUCUUUCUCUGUGAAGCUUGGAUAAAGUGAAAUAUUCGCCUCGCAGCCGGAUGUGAAUCCUCUUUGGGGACUGGUUGAGCCCGCGAUUUCAAUUCUUAAAGCUCGGAAUGGAUUUCUGUGUCAUUUAGAAAAGUGGUUUAUUAGUUCAGUGUCUGGCGGUUGGAUCAUUGUUGUUGUUGUUGUUGUUGUUUUUGUUUCUUUCCCCCCCACUCAGUUUUAUUUUUAUUUUUACCUGACUGCUUGGCACCGGUGGGCAUCCAGGCAUGGGCAUGCAUGCAGGUGCAGGGUUUUUGCUCUGCUUUGUGCUCAAUCUCUUCAGCGUUCAUGCUUUCUCCAGAGAGAGCUCGAGCUUCUGCAGGAGCCUCCGCAGCGCGAGCCGCGGCGCGCGCAGAGAAGAUCACAACCAGUUCCGACUCCGGGUGGAAGGAGAUCCCGAGACCUACCAGCCCGCGAGCACGUACAGAGUGAGUUUAUACGCCUCCAGUCCGUCUUACUUCCGAGGUUUCACUCUGAUUGCUCUGAAGGAAGGAAAGGAAGGAAGCAGUCCUGAUGAUUAUGCUGGCAAUUUCGAGAUUAUUGAUAAAGAAGACUCCCAGUUCAUGACCAACUGCCCACCUGCCGUCACAGAGAGUGUUCCCCGGAGACGCACACGGAUCCAGGUGUUCUGGACAGCGCCACCUUUAGGCAGCGGCUGCGUCAUACUCAAGGCAAGCGUGGUACAGAGGAAGAUAAUAUCCUUCCAGGAUGAGGGCUCUCUCACCAGGAGGCUGUGCGAGAAAGAUCCUCUUAGAACCACCGAGAAGCCUCUGCAGGAGUGCUGCGCGUGUGGAACGGCCAAAUACCGGCUCACCUUCUACGGGAACUGGAGCGAGAAAGUGCAUCCCAAAGAUUAUCCCCGGCGAGCCAAUCACUGGUCAGCUCUGAUCGGCGCCUCUCACUCCAGCAAUUACAUGCUGUGGGAGUACGGAGGAUAUGCCAGCGAGGGUGUGCGUCAGGUGGCUGAGUUCGGCUCGCCUGUCAAAAUGGAGGAAGAGAUCCGUCAGAAGGGUGAUGACGUCAUGACUGUGAUCAAGACGAAAGCUCAGUGGCCGGCCUGGCAACCUUUGAAUAUUCGUGCUGCUCCCUCGGCCGAGUUCUCCGUGGACCGAUCCCGUCACCUCAUGUCUUUUUUGACCAUGCUCGGCCCGAGUCCUGACUGGAACGUUGGCCUGAGCGCUGAGGAUCUGUGCACGGCUGAGUGCGGCUGGGUGCAGAGACUCACUAAAGACCUGCUCCCGUGGGACGCCGGAACAGACAGCGGACACAGCUAUGAGUCCCCCAACAGACCAACAGUUCCUCAGGAGCGGAUCCGGCCCCUGACCAGCCUCGAUCACCCACAGAGCCCCUUCUAUGACCCUUCAGGAGGCCCGAUAACACCCUUGGCCCGGUUGCUGGUGGAGAGGAUAGCCCGGAAGGGAGAGCAGUGCAGCACGGUUCCUGACACGGUGGACGAUAUCGUGACUGAGAUAACACCUGGGCUGCCUGACGAGGACAGCACUCCAGAGACGUGUAUAUACUCGAACUGGUCUCCGUGGUCAGCAUGCAGCUCAUCCACGUGUACAAAAGGUCUGCGUAUGAGACAGAGGAUGUUGAAGGCUCAGCUUGACCCCGUUGUGCCGUGCCCUCAAACACAGGACUUCGAGCCCUGCAUGGCACCUGGCUGUAGUGAAGAGGAGGCGUCUCCGUGCAUGCUGUCCGAGUGGAUCAGCUGGUCUCCGUGCAGUGCGACGUGUGGGAUGGGCAUGAGAUCCAGAGAGCGCUACAUUAAAGUGUUUCCCGAGGACGGCUCGAGCUGCAGGGAGCCCACGGAGGAAACAGAGAAGUGUGUGGUCAACGAGGACUGCUCUCCCAGUAGCUGUAUCGUGACGGAGUGGGCCGACUGGGAGCCGUGCAGCGUGAGCUGCGGAGUAGGGAUGAAGAAAAGGGCGAGGAUGAUGAAGAUGCCUGCGUCUGACGGCUCUCAGUGCCGAGCCGAGCUGGAGCAGGUGGAGAAGUGCAUGAUGCCCGAGUGCAAUGCCUUGUCCUGUAUGGUGUCAGAGUGGUCAGACUGGGGUCACUGCAGCGUGUCGUGUGGGGUGGGGAUGCGCGUGCGGCGCCGCAUGUUGAAGACUCCGGCGCUGCCCGGCCAGUGCACAGAACAGCUGGAGCAAGUGGAGAAGUGCAUGAUGCCCGAGUGCCCUGUGGACUGUAUGCUGUCUGAGUGGAGCGAGUGGUCCGAAUGUAAUAAGUCUUGUGGGAAGGGUCACAUGAUCCGCUCUCGCAUGGUGAAGCAAGAACCUGAGUUCGGCGGACUCCCGUGUCCUGAAACGGUGCAGAGGAAGAAAUGUAAGAUCAGGAAGUGCACACGGGGCCCACGAGCCAGCAACCACAAAAAGGCCAAGCAAGACGCCACAGAGCGGCGGAGAGGAAAAGUGGAACGGGAGUUUGAGUUUGAGGCCAUACCAGAAGGUUGCAAACUAGGCCAGUGGUCCAGCUGGUCGGAGUGUACCAAGCAGUGCGGCGGGGGGGUCCAGGAUCGUGUGAGGCCUGUGAAGAAGAAAAACAAAGACAAAUGCAGACCCCUCAUAGAGAAGCGGAUGUGCAAUGAGCAUUCCUGCUAAAGAACUCUGCAUUUCCUAAACACAGACAUAACACCAAACACACACACACACACACACACACACAAACACACAGAGGAGCGGUCAUUCCGGGAUGUUUAGAUGGUGUCUGGAGGAUUUUAGACUAGUACACAUACGGCUAGAGAAGACCACACAGACGUCUGUGAUUAGUUUUAGUUGCCUUUUUAGCAGCUAUAUGUAUUACUAUCUAACCAGCCAAUAUCACAGUAAGACACCGAGCUUUCUUUAAUUAAUAUUAUUUUGUUUUUGGUAUUUUAAUUACACUAAUUCUCUGUUUACAUUUACAGUACUGAUGAUAUUAAAGUCUGCUUUUUACACCAUAAGUUGCCCAUUUACACAGACAGCAUUGCAGUGCUGAAAGGGCUAAAUUCCCAUCCUAAUCCUGAUUAGGUCUAGCCUGAAGAUCAUGGUAUUAAACUUCCAAAACUCCCACCAUGGGUCCGGACAUCAGUGCAGUCCCUGCUCUUGUAACUCUACGCCUGUGCUUUUAGUUAAGCUGUACUAAACAAUUCAUAGUUGUAAUUUUAUAUAAGAAUAAUAAUAAUAAGAAGAAGAAGAAAUACAAGAAAGGAAUUAAACGCUUAAAUGUUACCGGAAUCACAAAUUGUGCCGUAAAGUUGGGAAAGAUUUACUGUUACCCCGUUCAAGUUGAUUAUUUUACCAUAACAGCAUGUUCCUCUUAUACUACAGCAACCUGCCACAUCGACACCAACCUGUUUUUUUUCUUCCUUUUUUUGUGCCCUGUUUAUAGUUUAUAGUUACCGCACUUGUUGCCUAACACGUUAUUUCAUGUUGUCACCUUUAUCAUUUUCCUUGGUUUUUUUUCUCUCUAAUUAAUUGAUAGGACAAAAAAAUUGAGCUUGUCAGGGUAUUAAGUAACUCCUCCAUCCUAAACACUUCAUCCAUUGCUAUGGCGGAUAACAAAGUGUUCCAAAGUGCUAACACUGGAGACUCAUUCCAAACAAAAAUCUUUACAUAGAAAAUACUUUAAUGUUGUUGUUUUUUUAUAAAUUAGCGGCUGCCAUCAAGAUGAUUACUGUACAUAUCAGAGUGAGUGCAUUAAUGCAUGGGGCAUUCAAGUCAAACUUGGCAUAAAAGCGAUCGACAUUUACAGAAGACGUCAGGCACAGUACGGUGAACUGUGCAGACAUUUUGAAGACCGAAUGUCCGUGAAUGAUGAUCCGCCACGAGAUUCCCACGAGUGGAACGCCUGAUCCUUGAAAAUUCGACAGAUAACUUGUUACUAACUUGUAAAAGAGACGCGUCUAUCUGUGUGAACUGUACACACACUCAUUCACAAACACCACUUGCACAUUACAGGAACUCGUCUGGGAGUUAUUGCCACAUCCCCUGUGCAGUCCUGACCUCGCACUAAGCUAUUUCCACAUGUUUUCCACAUUAAAGGAGUUCCUGGGAGGCCAGCGUUUCAUACAUGAAGCAGGCAUUAUGAUCAUGGCUCCGGCAUAUGGAGAAAACUUUCUACCUUGAUGGUAUCCAAGCACUAGUGAAACGCUGGGAUAAGUGCAUUAGUGUAGAGAAAUAAAGAGAGUUUUUUUCUCUUUUAACUGUCUUAUGUCUACUGUCUACGAUCAAAAGUCCCGGUUUGACUUGAACCCCCUCGUGUAAACCUGUGAUUUGCUUUGCAGCCUUCUGACCAAUCAGAUUCGAGAAUUUACCGCACCAUGGGAUAAAAUAAAACUACUAUGAAUUUAUUCAGUCGUUCAUUAGUAAAGGCGUGAUCCUGGUCAGUGGAUCUGGAGUCUAUCCUGAGAAAGGCAGAAGAAUUCAUUACAGUAAUCUCGGAUGCAGCAUCAGUCCUGGAAAUGGACUUUAACUCAUCCACACACUCAUUCGGAGUAUCGUUCUUUACCGCUGUGAGGCUUUCUGUGCUGCCGUGAUUGCUCCCAACCAGUACUACAAGGGAUUUCGGUUAUAACAGACUGCAGUUAAGUUAGAGUUGAUGUAUGUUUAAUUAGUCUUAUGUUUAGGGCUCAGGAGCACUAAUUGGACCAAGAAAAUAUAAGAAAUGCAUAGUGAUAAGAGACCCGCUUGAAUAUCUUGGUCUCAUCUGCCAUGAUUGGUCUCAACCAGUUCCACGAAGGUUUUCAGAUAAAGUAAGUAUCGAUAUACUGUAGUAUUCACCAAAAGGCACAUUUUAGGGCACACAUGGCCACUUAGAACCACCCUCUGACCACCAAAAGGAGAAGUGUCAGGUCAGAUUGAUGAUGAAACACUUCAAAACCCAUUUAUAUAGCUUUGCCUUCAUUAGUGUUGGUUUACAUUGGUGCUCUUUGCGCUUAACAAACUCAUCAGACUUGAUUCCUACCAACCUACAGGUUAGUAUCAGUGUAGGCUUCAUGGAGGGCUGUUAUGGAGUUUGAACCUUUAAAUUAGAAAUUAAAUCCAAUGAUAAAAUUAAGUUAAAGUGAUCAUAUAAGACACCGUAGGAGGAAUUACUAAUAUCACAUAUUUAAUAUUGUUGAUGAAGUUGCUUUGUGCUUUUAAAACCCUUACCCACCAUCACUGGUCCCAACCAAUACAGCAUGGAUACUGUAUCGACACAGGCGUCACCAAAUGGCGCUAUUGGGGCAGAUGUAGCCCCUUAAAAGAAGCACCAUUUAUUUGACCACUUACAAGUCAACUAUAUUUAUAAUGCUAGUUACAGUUUGUCUCUGAGGACUCAAGUGAUGACCAAAAGACCACCAUUGGAAACAUUCUAAGAAUAAUCUUAUCAUCUCUCCCAAAUGUGGACCCAUCCUAGUCAAGUUGAGUUUUAUUUCUAUUCCAUUAUCCGUACAACUGAGUUUCUACAAUCAUGAUAGAGUUUCAGUAGAAUGACAAACGCUGCACUGUGCUCUUCUUGGUCAAGGACACCGGGCAGAAUUUGCAUUUCAAUCGAGUCCCCUCCUCCACCCUAAACUCAUCCACUUGUCCCAUCCCUGCCUCUAAUCCGAGGUGAGCGGCGCCACAUCAAGCCUCCUCUAUCGAGCCUCCUCUAUCGAGCACUAUCAAGGUGGGUCGGCCGUGAUCAAUGACCGAUCGAUUUGGACAGCGACCAUCUGGCGAGGAAGGAUCGAUUUUCUCCUGUCACUACAAAGCAGUUUUGUCAUAUCCUCUCAAAAGAUUCGCAGCUGACAAACGGGUUCUUUCUUUCUUGUGGUUACAUGUACAAAGGGGAACACACACACACACACAUAUAUAUAUAUAUAAUAACCCAUGGAUGGUGCAAAAUGACACUGCUAAACAGAAAGCACAGGUAAGAACAAUAGUUCCAAGACUUGUGUAAAAAUUUUUUUUUUUUAUUAUUUUAGCCUGAAAAUAGCUAUGUUGUGACCUUUUUAAUCCUCCGUAAUCCAUGUAGAGGCACAGUAUCUCUCAGCUGUAGGACGUAGAGUACAGUAUUCAUUUUAGACACUUUAUAACUUUUGCUGUGGAAUUUUGAUAUAUCCAACACCCAGGACUCGCCAAGGUCAUGUGUAGAUCUCUUUGUCAAUCUCUCUGUUGUUGUUUUUUUUUCCCCUCUCCUCUACAAUAUAUUACUAUUUUGGAAUAAAUCACCUUUACAAUAAAAGUAAAUGUGACAAAG